GACACGCAGUGUGAAGGGAGCCCCGCUGGGAGUCGCGCGCGUGCCAGAAGGAAAAAAAAAUCGCUUUAUUUUGUUACGGCACGGUUGGUGGGGUGGUGGUGGACGACGACGACGGCCUGUGUGUGUGCUUGCCGCGCGCAGGCGUCGACGACGAGCCCGACCAUGGGAUGGACUAAGCGGCACCGCGCCCGGCCAUCCAAGAAGGAGUUACUCGUCUUGUCACUGCUACCAUUCCUCCUGCUGGUUGCGACCGCGAACGCCUACGAAAUAGAAGAGAGUUCGUCGUCGUCCGAGUCCACAGAAGAAUAUGAACAGACAGACUCUUACCCACCGGUAGAGCAAGGAAGGUCCAGCGUCUCAGAUGUCUGCGAGGAAGAGGUGCAGAAGUGGAUGUGCAUUGACCUGGUGAACAGUGACAGCGCCGUGGUCUCAGGGCCGCGAGUGACAGACUUCCCCACAGUGCCCGAGGUCAAGUACGAGAAGCUCACCCAGACCAUCGCCAGGGUCACGCACGUCUAUUCCGAAGGCUAUGAGCUGAUGGUCCCCCCAAACGCGACAAUACAGGUGACUUGCUCUCAAGUCAAAGUGCAAAGCCCCACCUUCAACUGCUCUCACGACUACCUUAUGAUCAACAGUGCAAGGUUCUGCAACAACAACUUUCCCCAGGCACCGUUCACGUUCACGUCUGGCAAUCCUGGAUCCCAGGAGAGCAUGAUUGUGCUCAAGACGGCCAAUCCGCAGCGCGCAGCUUACAGCUGCCAGCUCCAAGUGGUCAGGAGGUAUCCGAAGCAGGUCAUUGACCUGAUAAAGCACGUGGAGUAUACGCUGGACGUGAGCGGAAAAGCUUACCGCCAGGAGACGGACUUUGUUAUUCUGGCUCCCAAGAAAUCCUUCGUGGUCAUGACCUGUCCCGUGUUUGAAGUGAGCGACUACUGGCCGUGCAAACAGAGCUACGUUACAGUCGAGCUUCAAAAGUACUGCCACUUCCCCACGGCUCACAAAGUGGAAAUUGAGAUUCCCCCAACAGGCACGGCGUCCAUUGCGGUCAAGCUGGCCUCGUCACCCAACGAUCGGGUGCAGUGCGUCCUGCACAGGAUAGCAGGGAAGAAGACUGCUUGCGUCGAAUCACCCAACACACCGACUUACGUGGGAGCUCCGGAGCAGAAAGCUCAAAUCUGCAUCAACAUGGUGGCCAGUCCCAUAGUUAAGAUCGUCUCACCGUUCAGAGAUGAAAUGGAGACCGAGAUGGACAUGACCGUCCGGUACGAAGUCAUGAGCGUACCACACAUGGUCCAUUACCUGUGGUGCAACGACUUCAGACUGGACACCGACUGUUCCAAGGAGAGGCUGCACUGGUUCAACUACAACGACAGGUUGUGCGGUCACUCGCGGCCACGUGAUUUCACCUACUCUUACGGGUCUGUGAACGAGAAGGCCACGUACAGCCUGACGUACAAAAAGCAACGCGGCGUCCGCCAGGGGCACUUCUCGUGCUUCCUCUACCGGGAGCCCCAGUCCAAAGGUGAGGCUCACGCAGGACUCGCUUCGGCGCCACCAGACUCUGAGGUCAUCGUCACCUGUUCGGCUUUCAACAUCCAGUCGGGCCCCGACUGCUCCAACAGCUACUUGAAGAUAAACGACCGACAGUACUGCGACAGCAACGUGCCCGGGAGGCUGCGCCUCGAGCUGACCUACAACUACGCCGUUGUUGUGUUCCGAGAUGGAAAGGACGCCAGCAACUCCUUCAGCUGCAAUUUCGAGCGAGGCAGCAGUAUGUAA